AUGGGAUUACUAGGAAGACGACAUACAAAUAACCAGAUACCAACUAUAGGUAAGCAGGAUAACCAACUGAAUAAUGCACCAUCACAAUCUUCAUUAUUAGCUGCUCAAGCUGCUGCUAAUUUGUUUCAAAAUUCAAAUAGUUCACAAACAACUGCAAAUAAUCAACAUACUCCUUUACAAACACCAACUUAUGACAAAAGACCACAACCACCACAUGUACAAGUUAGAAGGUCUGUUUCCACAUCAAGUGCAUCUACAGUUAGAACCAAACAACAAAGUGUCAGUGCUGGUAACUCUGGGAAUCCACCGGUGAUUUUAACAAAGAAAGAACAUGCACCAAGUAUAAGACCACAAUCAAUCAGCACGACUCCAACAAGUCAUAAACCAUCAGUUGUUGUUCAACAUCCAGCUCCAAAGACUCCCAUCACACCUAUAGUUCAACAUUCAGCUCCUCAAUCAAGAAGUAGGACACCAUUACCCAAAAUUGACUCUUUAAACGUUCGUGAUAAUUCUUCAAUAGAUGAUAAACCUAGAAUAAGAGCAAGAAGUCGAUCACCUUUACCUCCAUUAAGAACAGGAACUGAUACAUCAUCACCAGAUAAUAUUAAUAAUAUAAAUACAACACAAUCCAUUGCAAGUAUAGCUGCACGUUCUGCUGCUACUUCAUCUGCUGAACUGCUGGCACCACCACCAACUGCACAUGUUAAUAAUAAAGUAUAUCCAUCUUCACCAUCAAUUUCACAAGGCUCAUCAAAUUCAAUAGAUUCAGCACCGUUUUCAUUAAAACCACCAAAUUUUAAUCCAAAUUUCAAUAAAUCUAUGGAAUCAACAACAAAUGGUGAUACGAUACAAGUUCCACAUAUUCAACAAUCAAUAUCACCAAGAUUUUUUUUCGAUUCUGAUCAAAAUUAUUCAGAUUUAGAAAUUGAAGAUAAAGCAAGUAGUUUUAGAUCAAAUUCAGCAGGCUCUGAGUUUUCUUCAUUAGCACCAAAAUCUGCAAGAGCUUCAGGUGGUUCUUCAUCUCAUUUAGCAUUAGAUACAAUUCCAUCAAGAAUAGAUGAACAUGAAUAUGAAUAUGAAUCUGAACCUGAUGAGUAUAAUGAUGAUGAAGUUGAUUAUUUUAAUUCUCGUGGUAUUAACAGUGGUAAUACUAAUAAUAAUUAUGGAGUUAGUAGUUCCAAAAUUGAAUUUAGUGAAAGGGUAUUUGAUACACCAGGUUCCACAUCAACUCGUUCUUCUAAAGUACCAAUAAGGAAACCACCUCCAUCAAGUUCACCACCAUUACAGCAAACAUCAAUGCAACAUCUGAACUCAUAUAGUGGAUCUAUUACUUCUGGGGGAUAUACACCAUCAUUAUCAAGAAGAAAUACUUCACCAAAAAGGAAACCACCACCAGGUAGUAGUAUUUCACAAGAAUUAGAUCCUAUAGAUCCUGGUGAUUAUAAUAAUCAAAAUUCAUUUGUUGAUGAAGAUGAAGAUGCAUUACCUCAAUAUCCAUUAUCAAUUGAAGAUCAAGAAAGAAGAAGAAGACAUCGUCAUCAUCAUGGAUUUAGGAAAAAUGCUAAAAAUAUAUUUAAGAAAGGUCUUAAAUCUGCAACAACAUCAUCAUCAAAUCCUUCAAAUCAUUUAGUUAAUGAUGAAGAUUCAAGACCUGUUCAUUUUAAAACAACAAUGAGAAAAGAGAAAAAAUCUACAAUUUUCAAUGAAGAUAAACCAUGGAAACAUCAUAAUGAUCGUGAAUACAUUACAGAACAAGAACGUAAAAGAUAUGAUGGUGUUUGGGUUGCAAAUAAAGGCCUGUAUAUGGAUCUUGUUGACCCUGCAACAUUAGUACAAGUUGAAGAUAUUCCAGAACGUCAUCAUUCAGCAUUGAAAGCAUCAAAACUUUCUACAAAUUCUGAAUUAACACCAUCACAAGAAACUAAUUUAAUGUUGAAUUUAGUAGCUAGGGAUCUUUGGUCAAGAUCUCAAUUAUCACCAAUUAUUCUUAGACAGAUAUGGGAUCUUGUUGAUACUAGGAAAGAUGGUACAAUUGAAAGGAAAUCUUUCAUUAUUGGAAUGUGGCUUGUUGACCAAUGUCUUUAUGGACGUAAAUUACCUAAAGUGUUGGAUGAAUCUGUUUGGAAUAGUGUUAGUCAACUGGGUGUGAAUGUUGUAAUCAAACCCAAAAAGAGAUAG